GCAGCCGAACGCCUCCGGAAUCCCCCGGGGCUACGUCGCAAGAAGAUCUUCGUGGAACCCAUCAGCAGGGAGGAUUGGAAGGUGUUCCGCGGUGAUACGGUCCAGGUGCUGACCGGGAAGGAUGCGGGGAAGCAGGCGAUGGUCACCCAGGUUGUACGCGCCCGUAACUGGGUGGUGGUGGAAGGGCUGAACACGCAUUACCGCUAUGUCAAUAGGAAUGCCAAGUACAGCAGCACCUACAUUGCCAGCGAGGCUCCGCUGCUGCUCAACCAGAUCUCCUUGGUGGACCCUGAGGACCGGAAGCCAACAGAGGUAGACUGGCGGUACACAGAGGAAGGUGAGCGUGUCCGUGUCUCGCUACGCACCGGCCGUAUCAUCCCCCUCCCUCUGCGACAGCGCCGGGACGGCAUCGUUCCUGAGCAGUGGAUCGAUGGCCCCAAGGACACAUCGGUAGAUGACACGCUGGAAAAAACCUACACGCCAUCCCUGAAGACCUUUGAGGAGGAGAUCAUGGACGCCAUGGGGAUUGUGGAGACACGCAGGGCCAAGAAAUCCUACUGGUACUAAAUCUUACGUGAAACCUGUCCUGAAGCUGUGUUCUGUGCUCCAAUGGCAGCAGCUUGCAAUAAAGAUGCCCCUUUAUUUUUCA